AUGGAUUACAAACCUUUGUCGACUCUUGUGGACGACGCUCUCGUGGAGUUUGUCGUACCGGGACAUGGUGAAGAUUACAUAGAUCUCGCGCAUACUCUUCUCAGUCUUCGCGUGAUAUUGCAAANCCCCGCAGCGGUUACUCCGGCUACUUUAGCUACAGCUUCUGCUGCUGCAGAGCAUAAAGUAGGGCCUGUAAAUAACUUUUUACAUUCCAUGUUCAAUCAAAUUGAUGUGUACUCCAAUCAAAAGCUUGUGUCGCCUCCGAACAAUGCUUACGCGUAUCGAGCCUAUUUCGAGACAUUGUUGAAUUAUUCUUCAGAGGCAAAAUCCUCUCAUCUCACCACCUGUUUAUGGGAUAGCGAUCCUCCGGGGCUGAUGGAUGACGGCUUUGAUGCUCCAAUUAAGAACCCCGCUCUCGUGAGACGUAUGCAGUAUUUCAAAAAUAACCGUGUUGUGGAUUUCAUAGGACAUCUACAUUGCGACGUUUUCAAUCAGGAUAAAUUCCUGAUUAAUGGCAUGGAAACGCGCCUCAAAAUCAUCCACUCAAAGGAUUCUUUCUGUUUCAUGGAAUCUACGCCACAGACAAGAGUUCGUCUUGUAGACGCCACCUUGAUCAUGAGGAGAGCAAAACUAAGCGCUGGAGUUUUAUUAGCUCAUGCUAAAAUGCUGAGCAAAACCACUGCAAAGUAUCCUCUCACGAGAAUUAAAGUUAAAUCGUUUAUAAUCCAUAGAGGAGUGGUGGGGGAAUCAAUUGACAACGCCAUACUCGGGCAACUGCCGAAGCAAGUAAUAAUCGGUUUUGUCGAAAAUAAGGCGUUUAACGGCAAUAGUAAACUUAAUCCGUUUAAUUUUAAAAACUUUAAUAUAAAUUUCCUGUCGCUUUACGUCGAUGGAAUGCAAGUUCCUACUACACCGUUACAACCUUCUGUUUCAAGAGACUCUCCUCUGUACAUUGAGGUUUUUCAUACUCUUUUCUCAGGAACGGGUAUUCAUUUUCUAAACGAAGGCAAUGCUAUAAGCAGAGAUGCUUAUGCACACGGAUACACACUCUUCGCUUUUGAUCUCACACCUGAUUUAUCGGCCAAUUGCGUCAAACAUUGGAAUCUCGUAAAGCACGGUAAUUUGCGAAUUAAAGCACGGUUCGAAAAAGAUCUCAAAACGACUAUUAACUGUCCUGUUUAUGCGGAAUUCGACAGUGUUUUGGAAAUCGAUUCUUCGCGCCAAAUCAUUGUUGAUUAUAACGGAUAA